UCGACGGCACACUUGCUUGUUCGCCUGACCCCGAUCUCUCCAGCCGACACGGUUUCGCUCUAACGGGCUAGGCGACUGGUUGUCUCUGUUUCUGAGGUGAAGGGUUCUGUUGGAUUUGACAGGCGAUCUCAGCGUGGCGGUCGUUUGAGAGCUGCUGCAAGUAGUUGGUUACAGCAGCGAGGAGCCUGCUGGCAGAGAGAGUCGGAGCGUGCUCCUUUCGACUUCACCAACAUGCGCCGACUGCUGCACCGGAAAGUCGACCCUGAAGAGCAGGCCAAGGAAUGGAGGCGAAGCAUCAACCACGAGGUGCGAGCGCUUGAGCGACAGAUCGUUUCCCUGGAGAGGGCCGAGAAGAAGGUUCAGAAGGACAUCAAGACCAUGGCCAAGGAGGGCACUCGCAACGAAAAGGCCAUUCGACUGCUUGCGAAGGAGUUGGUCAUGUCGCGUAACGCCAAGAACCGCAUGCACGAGGGAAAGGCACAGCUUCACUCCGUCCAGAUGCAACUGCAAAACCAAAUAGCGUUGAUCAAGGUCACCGGCGUCAUCAAGAAGAGCACAGAGAUCAUGGCGUCCAUCGGAGAUUUGGUGAAAAUUCCUGAGCUGCAGGAGAACAUGUUCCAGCUGGCAACGGAGAUGGAGCGUGCGGGGCUAGUGGAGGAGGUUGUCGCCGAUGGACUUUCCCUUACAGACGCGGAGGGACUCGAUGCCCAGGCAGACGCGGAGGUGGACAAGGUCAUCGCCGAGAUUACGGAAGGGGUUCUCGAAGGGGCGGUCGAUGCGCCGACGGCGGUUCCCGAACCGGCAGCGGUUGCGGCGCCUGCUGCUGCCGCUGAGGAGGAGGAGAAGGCGAACGCCAUGAAGGCUCGAUUGGAGUCUCUGUGAAGCGUGAGCGGCAGUGACGAUAUGCUCUCUUUGUGGGGAUGUUGCGUCGGGGUGCGGUACAAGUCUCACGCUCAGGUUUAUGGUCGCGAUCGAAAAUUGGGGUGCGCACAAUGUAAAAAUAACGUCCCAAGAGGCUGAUUGGGACUCUCUCUCUUCCGGAUAAGGGAGGGAGGGCGUGUAGAGAGGUGGGAAGGUGAACACCCCUUGGAUGUUCGGUUGAAUGUGCGUACGCAAAGGACUUGUAACGCUUCUGGUGCUCUUUUUUUUCCAGGCGGUUGCAGUUAUGUUGUCGAAGCGGUUGCAGUCGCGCCGCUUGCUGCUGCUGUUAAUGCGGUGGCCUUUACAGCGAAAGGGGGUGUUGUGGUAUCAUCGGUUGGCCAGCCGUGUUUUUGGUGGACGUCGUUGUGUGCACCCAGGCCAGCGUGUUGUCGAAGGCACACUGGUUGCAUGCUGCAGCAAUCAUGAAGCGUUUCUGCUCGGUUGGCUUGAACUAUAACUUGUUGUGUUGUGACCGCAAGGCAAGGGAAGACGUGCGGGAGAAAGACGCGGCCGGAGAAAACUCUUAAGCUCCAAAGAUGUGGUUGUUUGCACCUCGCCUGUGUUUGCCGAACUAGCUCGUUCGGCUGUCCUAUUUUUAUCCUCCGUACCUUCCUAAGGUCCUUGAUGAGCACGUGGUUGGUCUGACGUUGUGGACGUGCUGGUCGACGACACGUCCGUGCCUGCAUGAAUCCAAUGGCCGUGUACCAAAGGUGGCAAACCCUUGAUUUUAGACCCCUGACUGUGGGUCUCGAGGUUGGACCCGAGGGUGGGACGGUCGAGACCUUCCCGCUAUUGUUCUAGUGUAUUAGGCGAUGGAGGUUGACUGCACUUGUAGCGAGAUGAGUAGCAGGUAGCCGGGGUUGGUUUUGCGUUUAGCGUACGCUCUUCAGGGCUUGCUGUUUAUUGGCCUAGAGCUUGGCCGUGCAUACUGUAGACCGCAACAUCACGGGCGUGAGACAUUGGUAUAGUAUGCCAAUUGUACGGCCGUGCUGCCCUUCAGCCAUACACCAUCGCGCACGCAACUCACAGCAUGCUUGAGCUUUCAAAAACUCAAUGUUGGUAUUUCACACGCAUGAACACUAGUCCCCUCACCGAGAGUGCAGAACUCUGGUAGGACAUAGUCAUGGCGCAUGUUUGACGCACGGUUUGGUGCGAUUUAGUAGACCAACCGCGUGCAUGUUGUAUGUAGGUACAUUAGUGUUUCUGUUGUAGCAGUCUUUUGCUCUCCUCGGGGCUCGAUAAUUAGUUUUUUGUUCCACCGCGCUCUUUCCGAUGAAAGUUUUGUCGUUGGUCGUGUCUGUCGUGGAAGGAGGAGCGGCUUGAUAGUCGUUGAUGCUUCGGAAGGUUCAUACCAGCAACGAAGGGUUCCAAUGCAAUUGGAAGAGGUUUUGUACUGAAAGUCAGUUUCGGGGGUCACGACUGGGCUGUCCUUCCAUCGCCGGUACUACAGAUCCCAGUGUUCCUUUGAAUCAUUUCGUGCGCCUCACGAUCUGGUAGGAUAGCAGAGUGACACAGUACCUAUCGAGACGGCCUAUCACUGGUAGAGCCAAACGUUAAUGCAUGAGGCACCAAUCACAAUCGCUGAGGGCGUCUAAAGUAGUGCAGGACGACCGAUGGAGCGAUUUCUCGCGCGUCGGGGGUUCGACACAAAAACGUGCCUGGUUCGCGGGUCUUCCGAAUGAGAGUGAUCAGGACGGGCGGAAGCGUGUACUACGCGCGGUGAGACCUCUAGAGGCUGUCACGUCGCGGAGGAAACGCAGCAGUAGGUGCUCUUGUUUCUGUGCGGUCUCCACGGCCGUAUUCCGAUCAAGCUGCAUUGUCGUAUUGCGUUUAACGUGCCAACGAAAGUUUUUCAAGUUUCCCCUCCGGCUUUGAUAUCGUUCUUACCGCUGGUCAUGUGUACCACGCGCAGCAGUCAAGACCUUCCCAUCGAGUGCAGAAGGGAAAAUUUACUCUGACACGCGCACAAGGCUUUCUUGGAAUAAACGAGCUUCGCAUUUCACUG